UGGGAGAUGUAGUUGCAGAGGGAGUAACUUUAGGAGGCUUUACGUCCUGUCCAACCGGUCUUAAGAUUGUAAUUGAUCUCGCAAGAAUUAGAGAGACUCUGAGCCGGCUGCGACGGUGACGCGUUGGGUUGCGUGAAACAACUUCCCUACGGCGGCAGCUCCACCUUUUCCAGAUCUCGCAGCUUUGGCGCCAAAUUGCAAAGAGGAUUUCCCGGCCGAGAAGCAGCAGACGCUGGACUGUUGGUUUCUGCUUCAGAGACUGCAGGAAGAUGAGUGGUGGGAGUCACUCUCAGAGCAGCCAACCGAAUGGGUAUGGCUGUGAAAUGCCUUGUAAAAAACGUGAUGACUAUUUGGAAUGGCCUGAAUAUUUCAUGGCUGUAGCUUUCUUGUCAGCACAAAGAAGCAAGGAUCCAAAUUCUCAGGUUGGUGCUUGUAUAGUGAAUUCAGAAAAUAAGAUAGUUGGGAUUGGAUACAAUGGCAUGCCCAACGGAUGCAGUGAUGACUUGCUACCUUGGUCAAGAACAGCAGAAAGUAAACUUGAUACAAAAUACCCCUAUGUGUGUCAUGCUGAACUGAAUGCCAUAAUGAACAAGAACUCUGCUGAUGUGAAAGGCUGCAGCAUGUAUGUUGCCUUGUUUCCGUGUAAUGAAUGUGCAAAGCUCAUCAUCCAGGCAGGUAUAAAAGAAGUUAUUUUUAUGUCUGACAAAUAUCAUGAUAUUCCAGAGAUGAUAGCUGCACGUCGCUUGUUUGAUUUAGCUGGAAUUAUAUACAGGAAAUUCAAACCAAAGUGCAGCAAGAUAGUCAUUGAUUUUGAUUCAAUUAACAGCAGACCAAGUCAAAAGCCUCUGUGAGUUAUAUCUAAUUAAAUCUCUAGAAGAUUGUGAUUAUCCUUUUGCUUAGAAGCUGCUAAUGCCUUUCAUCUUGAAGUUAGGCAUAACUUUUUAAUAGCCACUACAGUUUAAGUAGACAUCUAAAGAAUGUGUCGGGCCUAGACAUUUUUUGUCUUCCUUGCCACACACUGAAGAUUUUGACUUACUGCAGGUGUGAUCAAGAUUUGUGUGCAUAGAAUAAGAAAACUGUUCUGUUUUUGACAUUCAUUAUCCAAGAUCUAGUCCCAACUGAAGAGAACCAAAUCACAAUAAAUAACCUAUGAAUAUUGACUCAGGUCAGGUUCACUGAUGAACAGCUUUAUUGACGUAUAUUGACACUUCACUGACACUUCUGCUUGUCUAGCUGGUUUACAUAAAACACAAAUGACUGAAAGUGAAAAUGUUGCACCAAGCAAUAUGGCUAGACACUUACAUAAAAGCUGAAAAAAUUGCAUUGUGUGAAAUCUCUAUUAGUAUGUUAGAUCGUGCUAUUUUACCAGAUGUUCAUCUCUUUAAUUGCUUCUCCUGUUGCAGUGUAGUGCAUGAGCAUGUGUUCAAUUACAUUUGAAGAAUGUUUUGUAUUGGAUGUAGUUUUAGAGGAGCUUUAAUUCCUUUUUCCCAAGGUACCUUCCACUUAGUUGAGGAUAAGUGAAUAAAUCAUUAGGCUUUCUCCUAUGGGGCCUUGUUUGGAGCUGACUUUUAAUGUCUAAAAGGAUACUUGUUUGUUGGUCUAAAUCUCUACUAGGCGAUCCAGCACAUUACAAUUCUGGAUCCAGCCUCUAAGGUAACUUAAUCAUUAUUUUCCCUCUAAGGGACAUGAGGAGAUUUCGUCUGUGCUGAGGUUGUAAAGGCCCAAAGUCAUAAUUAUGGUUUUAGCUUGCUUUUAGUUGUUAAAAACUGGCCUUGUGCCAUACGUUUCCAAAACUGGCUGAGCUACCAAAAGCUUUCUAUAUCUUCUCUUCGGUUUGAAAUUUGGCGGUGGUGGUGGGGAUAUACUUAGAAAAUGUUUCUGAUCCCAAAGGUAUUCAUAAUUUUUUUUAAAAAAAUGAUGUUUUGAUGGGCUUUUAUUUUCCCUGUAAAAUCAUUCUGUAUAUUAAGACAUUAUGUAAUUUGGCUUGCUACCAGUAUUAUUAAAGUCUUAUUAAAAUCCUC